UUCUUGCUCAUGACAACACUCCCUACAAGACAGAAAUAACAUUAUCGGAAGUACUACGUAUAGACAGAAGUAGGGUAUGGACAUCUGGAAUUCCCAAAGUUUCUUAUUUGCAGUUCAGAGCUGAUACUUUCAGUACUUAUUGAUACAGAUAUAUGGAUUUAUUUUGAGGUGUUUGAAUAGAACAAUAAGCACAGGUCCCAAUUCUUUAUUCAGGUCGUACAUCAUAGACAAAUAUGUCAGCACAGUGGAAGGCUGACCCGGAGGUGACGGACCUGGAGGAAGAGGAGCUUUGGGAAAUGAUUGAGAAGCACAGGUGUAAAAUUGUGCAAAAGCUGUCUCCAGAACGUCUCACUCCUUAUCUGCGACAAACCAAAGUGUUAGAUGCCAUGGAUGAGGAGGAGGUCCUGCACUGUGCCAAGUUUUCAACCAGGGCUAUGAGGCUGGGGCACCUUUUGGACAUACUUCGAACAAGAGGAAAGAAUGGAGCCAUUGCUUUCUUGGAUAGCUUGAUAUUGGCAAAUCCAGGAAUGUAUACCCUUAUCACAGGAAAGGAGCCAUCUAUGGAUCCAAAUAGCUUCAGCAAACUUAUAGACAGUCGUUCACUGAGCAUAUUUCUGAUGAACUCAUUGAGCAAAGUGCAGGAAGAGCUGAUGCAGGAGAAACAGGUGAAAAAAUCAUUGGGGCACCACUUGCACAAAAUGCGUGAAAAGCAGCAGCAGCUUGAAGAGGAAGGCGAGUGCGUUCGCAUCAUGGAGUAUGAAAACCAAAGAAUUCACAGAGAGUUGGAUGCCCAGAGUCAGAUGCUGAGCAAACUUAAAGAUGAACAGUAUGAACUCUCUAUGAGAUAUUCUCAUGCCCUGCAGGAAAAGGACACAGUACAAAGUAGGAACAGUGACCUGCAAGAACAGUUAUAUGCUGUUAAAGAGGAUCUUCAUAGACUUAGAAUGGAGCUCCAAGUGGCUCAGAGCUGGAGUAAUCAUGGCCAUUGUGAAGAAGAGAUUCUAUCCCUUAAAAAGGAAAACAGGAAGCUGAAAGAAAGGCUGGAUCUGUCAGGAGAAACCCAAUCGGCAGAGCUGGACAUAAAGAAGUGCUCAGAUGGGGUUUUACCAAGUUCCGAAGAGUUGUUAGCUCAGCUUUGUGCUGCCAAAAAGAAGAUGGCAGCUGGAGAGGCAUUUGAAACUAUGUGGCAGAAGGAAAAGGAGACCAUGCUUCAAGAGAGUCGUCAUUUGCAAUCUAACUAUGAUAUCUUGAAAAAAAAGACAGAAGCAUUCCACGAUCAAGUGUCUGACCUGCAAAAAGAGCGUGACCAGGCAUACAGAGCUCGUGACAUGGUUCAAGGUGAGAUUUCCCGUUAUCUGGCAGAGAAGGAUUUGCUGAGAAAGCAGGUUAUGGAUCUUACUGAACGUAACUCAGAAUUCAAGCAACAAAUGCAAAGUUUGGAAGCACAUCUGCAGUCUUGUAUGAUGGGAAAAGAGCACACACAAUCUAGACACCAGAGGCUAGUGCGGAUGGAUGCUAUUUGUCCCUCAGAAGAUGGGGACAAAGGAUCUUCUUCCAGCAUGUCUGAGUCCUGGCAGGACUUAAGCUGUCAAGCCAGCAGUGAUCUUGGUGAAAGUAUCUCUUGCCACUCUUUCAAUGAUGAUUAUCUACAUGGCCUCUCUAAGAGCUGUUCCCAAGACCUCCCUGAUAUUCUCCAAGAUGAGAGAGCAGAAACUGACUUUGAAUAUGAUGCAGAAUAUAAGAAAGUGGCGGCUAUUACUUGUGUUCCAGGUCUGCCGAUGUGUUCACACAUGGAAAUUAGUGACAGAACAUGUGAACUCCCUUGUUUUUCAAGCCCUGUGAGAAGACGUCCUGCUCGGAGGAUAACCAGCCGGGUUACAAUAAUGGCAUUUCAGGGGGAUGACCUACUAAAACAAAUAAGCAUAAUUGGAGGUAACAAAACUGGAAUCUUCAUUCACCAGGUGACCCCAGGGUUGGCAGCUGACGAAAUGUCCUUAAUGCCCGGGUACCAGAUCCUUUUGGUAGAUUUUGAUGUUAUAAACCCUGCCUACAAGGUGAACCUAGGUGGAGUGACAUUUGAGGAUGCUCAUUGCACCCUUAAUAGAGUUAAUGGCUUCUGCUGUCUAUCAGUACGAUCCAACAUGGAAGAUUAUCGGAAGUUGUUGCAUGACAUAGAAAAUGGCUUGGCCACCUCAGGAGACUCCUUCUAUGUUCGUGUGAACCAGUCAAUGUCUUCACGUGUUGAAGGUGGCCUAAAAGUAUCAUGUGGUGAGAUCUUACAUAUCACAGAUACGAUGUACAAAAACCGUUGCCAGUGGUUUGCUCACAGGGUCAAUGCAUAUACUCUAAAAGAUGGAGACUCAGGAAUCAUUCCCAAUUACAAACAAGCUCAACAGCAGUUAAUAACAUCUAUACAGAGUAUCACAUGGCAAAAUACAAUUCCACGAGGGCCAAGAAUAGAAGUUCGUAUAGUCAGCACAGACCGGUGUAGCUCCCAUUUGCUCUGGAUGUCUCAGGACUGUGGCAUUUGCUGUCGUGAAAAUCCUACUGCUACCUACCCUACAGGCAGAGGAUGCUUGACAUUGAUGCCAUACACACUGGUCACUCAUUAUAAGAUUACAGUCCUGCGCCCAGUCCUCCUGGUCCCUUCUCUGCUAAGAAGAAUCCUGAGUGAGAAACUAUGUGCAAAUAAAGACUACAUGAAAUGUGACACAGAAUGUUUGACCGAUGCUGAAUAUGCAGCAAGAAAUCAACGUGGAGACAUAAUUGGUGAAAAGGAGGGAGAGGGCAUACGCUGCUGGUAUACUAGACAGAAUGUGGAAUCUGUAGCCCAACAGAAUGCACACUGCCUUCUAGAGCUUGGGCUAUCCUGUCUCUCUGCUUUGAUUCGUGUGGGUAUCUAUCCCAUUAUUCUGCACAUCCCAUUGACUGAGAAGAGUUCCAAAAAACUUAAAAAAACUCGGCAAUGGUGGGGAAAGUGUGAGGACCUGCUACUGGAGUGUGCCCAGAGGGAAGAAGCCGAGCUGGAUGCCCUGCCUUGUCUUUAUAGAACUGUGGAUCCUGACAGCUGGAAUGACGCAGAAUCUCUGCUCUGCAGAGUAAAGAGCGCCAUCACUGAUGAACAAAAGCGCAUUGUCUGGCUGGAGAAUCAGCCUUGCUGAACUUUAAUUUCCAGCACUUUCACAACAUUCAGGAUUGCACAUUAUAAACUAGAAGAACAAUUGUUUACUUGAAAUUAGUUCAUUAGUCAGUAUUUCUGCAGUAAGAAUAUAGUCUAUUUUAAAGGAGAAGUGUAAACCUUAUGAUGCUGCAGCUGUCCCACCCUGCUCUAAGACUGAGGCCUGACCGAUCACAUGACAACUGAUCGGUCAGCUCUCAGCUCUCUGCCUUUGAGGACUGCUGUGCUGUGGAAGAGAAAGUACUUUGUGAACUUUUGUUAUCUGUUUUGGGAAUCCAAUAAGUGCUAAUUUCUCUGGUAAAGGACCUCACUGCUGAGAAGAUACUUAAUAAUCAUCACUUCAAUUUGUUAGUACAGUUGAACCUAGGAUCACGAGCAUAAUCGGUUCCAGGAGUAUGCUCGUAAUUCAAAGUACUCGCAUAUCAAAGCAAGUCUUAUCAGUGAAAUCAAUGGAAAUGGAAAUAAUUUGUUCCGCAUAGACUUCAAAGGGAUGCAAUACCGAAUGCGGCCAGAGGUGGUGGGCGCCAGAGAGUGC